UACUAUCCACCAAAGGUGGUUAUCGAAGAUCCCCAACAUAAUUUGGCAUUUCCUGUCUUCGAUCCCAGUACCGGUCUACUGGACGAGUCCCAGUCAGAGUGGCUAAACCACUUGGACACUUCGGACACUGAACAAUCAGAAACACGUGUCUGUCUCAUCUAUCUUGCCCAAACUUUAGCCAGUCCACGAGACGAUACCCGUCAAUUCUGGUUAUCACUCGGACAACGUGUGCUUCGCUUGCAUCGUGCACCGACCCGACGUGAAUUGUUCCCCGUCAAUCUAUUUGUCCAAAUCUGUCUCUUGGCCUUUGGUCCGGAUCCGCUCUUGCAUCAUUUGGAAGCUCUGAUUCGUUCUAUCCUGUUAGUCCAACCUGGAUCACAGGAACCGUUUGAUGGGAUCACCGAAGUGGUUGCACCGUGUUGGGCAUUGUUGAUCACACUGAACGUGACAAGUACCGCAUUGCGGUGGCCUCGUCCUUGGCGGUUUUACUACCUUGGGCGUGUGCUGCCCCGAUUACUUUCGUUGUUGGAAUUGAACGCUUUGACGGUGUCCUCAAACGGGUUGACUCAAGCGGCCGCAAGCAAUCAAAUCCAUCCUGAACUGGCCCGCCUGUUCUUUAUUCCGUUACGGUAUGCAGGGAAUUACGGCGGAAUCGGCAGUCGGAGUCACUCGAAUCAUACAGCAAACAAGUCUACUCUACCCGAUGCAUGUGCCGUGAGUCAGUCAAAUCCGAAAUCCGAGGCCCAACUCAUCGCGGAUUCUGUAGCGACCGUUCCACAGACUCAGGCUGGUGGUCCCAUUGGUCGCAUGGCUUUUGCGUGGGACUUACUAUUUUGCUGGCUUGCUGAGAAUGGUGAGUUUGAUACAAGCCUGUUGCAUCCGUUAUGGGACUGGACUCAAGAGGGGAUCAAAGACUGCGAACAUGAAUUGCACGGUAUGCCAAUUACAAAUCCUUCGUCUUGUUGUGUUCACAACAAAGAUGCAGUGUUGCCCCCGGGCUGUCUGAAAACUGUGGACGACGAAUGUCCCAUAUGUUUGUUUCAACGUUGCCUUCCGAUCGCACAUCGCCGUGUGUUCUAUGCACGCAUGUGCACCACCCUGGUCACGUAUAUUGGCUGGAAGGGGAUUCGAUUACACGGAUACUUGAGCAAUUGUCUACCCUCCGAUCGUUCAGAGGAAUCGAGUUCCGAUGAGUCUGCAUGGUUCCGCCAGGCCUCAGACGAUUCGGUAUGGAUCCGUGACACUGCAGCAAAGGUCGCUGUUUAUCGAGCUUGCUUGCCUCAUGCUGAUGUGUUUCAUGGACGACGCGUCCCGUUACAGCUACUACCGGACUGUGAAACUGUAAACCCACCCGGAUGGAAGGCCGUUGAAGCCGUGCUACCCGAUCGUGAACAAUUCCUUGCCAAGUUACUCGCAACCGAUCAGAGUAAAGAGUUGCUUGGUGCACCGUUUGUCACAGAGACGUUUUUACCCCAUUUGGUUCGCGACACAAUUGUUGCUCUUCGACUCAAGGGGUACAAUCCUUCCGCAGCUUCUCUGGCACUUCCGUGCGCUCCACCAGAGAAUUUGUCCAAUAAUUUCGCUGCUUCCGGCGACUUGCGUGUCGUGAAAGAGAGCUCUCUAUCUGUCAUGAUAACUCGAAGACGUCCGACCGGGUUGGCGCGACGUACUCCCAUGCUUGAACUUGAUGUGGUAGAACGAGAAGUUAGUAAAAACUAG